AUGGCGCCACCGAAGCUCACGCUCUUCUUGGACAUCAUUAGUCCUUUUGCUUAUAUCGCUUUCCAUGUUACGAGAAACUCCCCCGUCUUCAAGAAUUGCGAAGUCACCUACGUCCCGAUCUUCCUCGGCGGCGUAAUGAAAGCGUGCGGCAACACCGCCCCAAUCGAAAUCAAAAACAAAGACAAAUGGAUCAAUCUCGAGCGCCGCCGCUGGCAGCGCGCCUUCAACAUCCCCAUGCUCGAAAACAGCCCCCAACCCUUCCCCCAACCCACCCUCAACCCCCAACGCGCCCUUUGCGCCAUCCAAUCCUCGCACCCGGCCCAACUCACCGACUGCUUCGCGGCGCUGUACCAAGCGUUCUGGGUCGAGGGCCAGACGAUCGGGAAGCCGGAGAUUUUCGGCCCGGUGUUGGAGAAGGUGCUUGGGGUGGAGGCGGCGAAGGGGGUGUUGGAGGCGGCGAAGGGGAAGGAGGCGAAGGAGCGGUUGAGUGGGAAUUCGGAUUGGGCGAUGGACGAGGGGGCGUUUGGGCUGCCAUGGUUUGUCGCGACGGAUGGAGAGGGGAGGAAGGAGUGUUUUUGGGGGGUGGAUCAUUUGGGGCAGGUGGUCGAGCACUUGGGCUUGGAUAGGGGCAAGGAGGCUGGGCUGAGGGCGAUGCUCUGA